AUGGACCCCGACGACAUGGAAAAAAUGGCAUUCAUCACCCCCAGGGACCUCUUCUGCUACCUGGUUAUGUCGUUCGGUCUUAAGAAUGCGGGGGCCACAUUUCAAAGAAUGGUAUACCUAUUGUUCAGAAUGCUCAUCGGAGAGAUCAUGGAAGCCUAUAUUGACGAUAUGGUCGUCAAAAGUCUCAAAGCCGAGAACCACCUCUCUCACCUUGCCGAAGUCUUUGCAAUACUGAAGAAGUACAAGUUACGGCUGAAUGCCGACAAAUGCGCCUUUGGAGUUAGUUCCGGGAAGUUCCUCGGUUAUCUCGUCACUCGGCGUGGAAUCGAAGCAGAUCCGAAUCAGAUCUUAGCUAUUCAUCAGCAAUUAAAACCACCAUCGACUCCUCGGGAAAUUCAGAAGCUGACAGGGAUGGCGGCGGCCCUUAACAGGUUUAUUAGCCACUCAUCAGAUAAAUGCCACGUUUUCUUCCAAACUCUAAAGAAACAAAACCGACGAAACUUCAAAUGGACAGUAGAUUGCGAUGCAGCCCUAACUGAGCUGAAAUCUUAUCUUUGUUCAGCCCCACUUCUCGUCAAACCAAAAGCUUUUGAAACUCUCCAUCUCUACUUAGUUGUUUCCCCACAUGCUGUCAGCUCGGCACUUAUCCGACGGGAAGGCCUUGAAGACCAACCCAUUUACUUUACUAGCCGAACCUUACUCCCAGCACAAACCAGAUAUCUGGCACUGGAGAAGCUUCUUCUAGCAUUAGUUACAGCUACUCCGAAAUUGCUCCCUUAUUUUCAGGAGCACCCCAUCAUAGUUCUCACAGAGUUUCCACUAAAAAAUCUCCUAAGGAAGGCCGACCUAUCAAGCCGAGUAUCUCAGUGGGCGGUCGAAUUAGCAAAUUUUGAUAUCCAUUUUGAGCCUCGAACAGCAAUCAAGGCCCAAGUAUUGGCAGACUUCAUUGCUGAAUUCACCUCCGAAAAACAACAAGAGGCUCGGAAAACGUGGAACUUAUUCAGUGGAGACGUUUGGAAGCUACACGUUGAUAGGGCAUCAAACAGCAACAGUGCGGGUGCAGGGGUUGUCCUCGUAAACCCUUGUGGCGUCCUUCAUGAAAGUGCUAUCACAAUCAACUUCCCAGCCACAAACAACAAAGCUGAAUAUGAAGCACUGCUAGCUGGGCUCCGAGCCGCAACAAGUUUACAAGUUGAAGACCUACAAGUUUUCUGUGACUCUCAGCUGAUCGUUAACCAAGUAACAGGGGAUUAUGAAGCUCGAGAUCCAAGGAUGAUAAAGUAUCAGGCUACGGCUCUUGAGCUAAUCCAAGGGUUCAAGGGAUUCCACAUUGAACAAAUCAACAGAGAGAACAACGCUCAUGCCGAUGCUCUUGCAAGUUUAGCCUCGGCAAGCAAAGCAUCUGAAUACAGGCACAUCAGCCUCGGCGAGAUCCACCAGCCAAGCUUUGAAGUCUCGAAGGAAGUUCUCGGCAUUUCCAUCGGUCCUACCUGGAUGGAUAAGAUAGUCUCGUUCCUCAAGAAUGAUACGCUACCCCCCGACAAAAAGGAGGCCCAUCGUGUACGCAGCAAAACAGCCCACUAUUGGAUCUCUGAGAACGGCCAACUCUACAGGAAAUGCUUCACAGGGCCAUAUCUUCGAGUCGUUCAUCCAAAUGAGGUCCCAAUAAUAUUGACCGAACUUCACUCAGGAAGCUGUGGUUGUCACUCCGGCGGGCGUUCCCUCUGUCAAAGAGCUCUUAGUCAAGGAUACUUCUGGAAAGGAAUGAAGAAGGAUUGUGAAGAAUGGGUGGAAGCCGAGCCACUAGUCACAACCACUGAAGCAGACGUUCGGCGAUUCGUUUGGAAAAACAUCGUCACAAGGUUCGGCGUGCCUUAUGCAAUUGUUUCGGAUAAUGGCUCCCAAUUCGUCGGCAAAGAAUUAACAGGACUUUGUGCUGAGUUCGGAAUUAGAUUUUUCAAUUCAACCCCAUCCUACCCCCAGGGCAACGGUCAGGCCGAAGCAACAAACAAGACAGUGUGCGUUGGCAUCAAGCGUCGGCUAGACUCCAAACGAGGAAAAUGGGCCAAAGAAUUGCCUCGGGUUCUCUCGGCCUACCGCUCCACUCCAAGACGCUCCACUGGCCAAACUCCCUUUGCAAUGGCCUUCGGCAUGGAGGCUGUUAUCCCACUCGAAUCCAGGUUCCCAACCCUGCGCACUGAAACUUUUGAUCCACAAACCAACAAUGAUGCAGUGGCUACAGAGCUUAUUUUAGCCGAAGAAAAGCGAGACGAUCCCCAGCUCAAACUAGCUAACUAUCAGCAGGAAGUCGCUCGAAGCUACAAUCGGAGCGUAAGGCUUAAGAAGUUCAGAACCGACGACUGGGUCUGGAGGAAGGUUGUCCGAGCAAGCCAGAAGACUAAAUUCAAACCUAAUUGGGAAGGACCCUACAGGGUGAUUAAGGAGGUCGGCAUUGGAUCAUACAAGUUGGAAGAUAAAGAAGGAAGGGAAAUUGAGAACCCUUGGAACGCUAUAAACCUCAGGAAGGCAUACCUUUGA